UGGGUUAUUUCGAGGUUAUGUUCUCCAGUGUUGGAAAACAAACGUUGAGAGCCCGGAGUAAACGUGAAGAAACGUUUUCAAAAAGUGAAAGACCGAGUGCAAGUGACAUUGUCAUCAUAUAAUAUCGUGAAUAUCGAUCACCAGGAAAUAACGUGUUAUUUAAACAAAUAGCUCGAAAGCUCAAAAUUAAUCAAAAACCAUUGAUACCGUCCGUUGACCAUUAAAAAUAUACCUCAAAAAAAUUUUUUUUGCUAAUUUUGGUGACGCGAUUCCCCUCUGGAGUUCAACAUCAACCCUGUACCCCGUAAACCUCUCCCAAUCGCCAUAACUCUCCCCAAAAAUGGAAGACCUGAUGCACCUGGACCUCUACGGCCUCCUGGAGAUCGAGUCGACGUCGACAACCUCUCAAAUAAAAACAGCCUAUCGUAAAAAGGCCUUAUCCUGCCAUCCAGACAAGAAUCCUAACAACCCUCGAGCUGCGGAGCUCUUUCACCAGCUAUCGAAGGUCCUAGAAAUCCUCACGGAUGCAACAGCGAGAGAAGCCUACGACCGGGUCCUCCUCGCCAAGGAGCAAGCCAAGGAGAGAUCCAAGAAGCUAGACGCCAGAAGAAAAAAAUUCAAGGACGACCUCGAAGCUAGAGAGGAGCGUUUCAAUAGUGGAAGGGCACCAUCAGGGAAGUCCGACGAGCAGAAGUUGAAGGAGGAGAUCGAGAGAUUGGAGAAGAUGGGAUCGAAACUCGUUGAGGAGGAGGUGAACUUGAUCAACGAUCAAAUUCGACAGCAGUUGAGGACGGACCGGAGAGAAGGGCCGUGCAGUACAGGAGGGCCUGAUCCUGAGGGACUGGUUGGAAAGAUCAAGAUCAGGUGGAGGGUUGCCAAGGAUGAUAUUGAUAAUGGGGGGUACAGUCAGGAGGUUCUCACCAGGAUCAUGUCGAAGUAUGGAGAUGUAUCUGGUGUGGUCAUGUCUGGAAAGAAGGGAAGGGCUCUGGUUGAGUUCAGGGAAAAAUCUGCUGGUGAGAUGGCGGUGAUGGUCGAGAGGGGCCUCGCGGGAAAUCCACUGAGGCUGGAAGGACUCUGGGAAGGAGGGAGAAAGGUGAAGGAAGAGGUGUUCUUCAACGAUCAGUCUGGACAGCAGCUGAAGAAGGACCGGACGGAGGGACCGUGUGGGAUAGACGGGUCUGAUGCUGAGGGAUCGACUGGGAAGGUCAAGAUCAGGUGGAAGGCUGAUAAGGAUGAUGCUGACAAUGGGGGGUACAGUCAUGAGGUCCUCACCAGGAUCAUGUCAAAGUAUGGAGAGGUGUCGGGAGUGGUCAUGUCUGGAAAGAAGGGAAGAGCUCUGGUUGAGUUCAAGGAGAAAUCUGCUGGUGAGAUGGCGGUGAUGGUCGAGAAGGGCCUCGUGGGGAAUCCUCUGAAGCUUGAAGGACUUUGGGAGGGCGAGGGGAGGUCUCAGAAGAUCGAAGCACCGAAUUCUAGACUUUUUUCCGCCUCCACUGACAGAUUUGAACCAGAAAGGACUUCUUCAACUUUUCCGAGCUUUUCGUCAGCACCUGAUAUCUUUGCUGGAGGGAGGGAUCAGGACUUUGAGAGCAUUGUCCUGGGGAACUUGAGGAGGGCAGAGGAACGCAAGAAGCUCAUCCAGCAGAUGAUGGAGGAGGAUGACAAAAAUUCUGUCCCGCCAGACGUCAUAUUUCGCAGUACUGCCAUCACGUGGCAGAACGAGAAACUCAGAAGCUGUCAAUUAAUCCUCAUUGUUGCAUUUUUCGUUGAAUAACACAUGUUCAUAAGCUUUAUGACUAACUCCACUGUGUCAGAAUGUCAAAAUCUCGUAAUAGAAUCGUCAACAAUCGCCUGAAUUAUCAUUCAAUCGUUUAAAGUUCAGAAUAAGCCUAUUUCAAUAUCAGGAAUUUCACGAGGUUCACAGUUUUUUGCAGAAGCAGGGCGAAUAAGACGGGAGGGUAUUCAGUGGUAAAUCAUUAGGAAAAAUCCAUAGGGAGGAUGUCACCAGGUGCUCUCGUCAUAGUUUAUUACGUCGUUAAUGCCCUAAUUUCCUUGACUUCUGCGCAAUAUUGCGAGUCUGGUCUGUGCUCCAGCAAGGAAUACUGCUGUGGAAAUAAUGAGUGCUGCACAGAGUUCAAUACUUGGUUGUUGAUAGGUUGUUUACUAAUGGCCCUGACAAUUCUCUCGGUUGCCUGUGGCUGUAUCUACCGCUACGUCUGCCUCCGCCCCGUUCUCAGACGCAGUAACUCAAGAUCGAAAUUAGUCUACACCUGAAUCAUCAAAAUAUCGAAAUACAUUGACCUGAUGUCGAAAAAGCCAAACGAGGAUUUCUAGGGUCCCUGAUGAGAUCAACAUUGAGAAUAACUCAGAGAGGAGUGGCUCUAGCGAAAAAUGUCAAUAAACAAUUUUUCUGUAGAAUUUAAUUGUCUACGAAAAAGGUCCUAACAUAUUUUUCGAUAGACCCGAUGGUUUUUGAGAUAUUUACAAUGCCAGAAGAAUUGUACUUUUUCGGAUGUGAAUCAGUGGAAUGGGAAAUGCCGUUCAUUAGUCGUAAUUACUCCUCUAAUGAGAUAUUUCCAGAGGAAGUAUGACUGAAAUUCCUCCCAAACUAUUGCCCCUCACAGUUUCUCCAAAAUCUCCCCAGGAGUCCUCGUAAUGACAUCAUCAGCCAGCGGAAAGAAUUUCCAAAAACCUAUUAAAUAAUUAAUUUCUCGAAUAAUCAACUUUUGUAAUCUCAUUGUAAAACAGCAUUUAUCCAAUAACAAUAAAGAAAACAUAAUGAUAA